CUCCACGUGGCUGUUCAGACAGCGCCGCGAGCCGCGGGGUCCAGAAAGGUUUUCUCAUUGGUGCCACCUGCAGACCGAAAAGUAGUGCCUGGCCAUUUGAGGAGGCUCUUCACAGCGACACAAUGACCAGAAGAGAGGUCAGCGGGGUGGACUGAAGGCGGCCACUGCCGCGAAGCAACAAAGGCUGGGCGUGCUCCGAGGCCGGGAGGGCGGAGGAGCCACCUCGGCGAUGGAGAAGUUUCAGGCCGCGAUGUUGCUAGGAAGCGUCGGAGACGCCCUGGGUUACCGAAACGCCCGCAAGGAGAACAGCGCUGCAGGCGCGAAGAUCCAGGAGGAGCUGCAGAAGCUCGGGGGGCUGGACCACCUCGCGCUCUCACCGGAGAAAUGGCCUGUGAGUGACAACACCAUCAUGCACUUGGCGACGGCCGGGGCCCUCACCACAGACUACUGGUGUCUGGAUGACCUGUACCGGGAGAUGGUGAAGCGCUAUGUGGAAGUCCUCGAGAAGCUUCCAGAACAUCGAGCAGACCCAGCUACCAUUGAAGGCUGCUCACAGCUGAAGCCGGAUAACUAUCUCCUCGCCUGGCACACACCUUUCAACGAGAAGGGUUCAGGAUUUGGCGCGGCCACCAAGGCGAUGUGCAUCGGCAUGCGGUACUGGAAGCCCGAGCGGCUGGAGACCCUCAUCGAAGUCAGCAUUGAGUGCGGCAGGAUGACACACAACCACCCCACAGGCUUCCUCGGGUCUCUAUGCACAGCCCUGUUUGCAUCUUAUGCCAUACAAGGAAAGCCACUGGAGCAGUGGGGCAGAGACAUGAUGAAGACGGUCCCGCUGGCUGAAGAAUACUGUAAGAAGACCAUCCGGCACAUGGCAGAGUACCAGGAGCACUGGUUUUACUUUGAAGCAAAAUGGCAGUUUUACUUGGAGGAGAGAAAAAUCAGUGAAGACACUGAAAACAAAGCUGCCUUUCCUGACCAUUAUGAUGCGGAGGAGAGGGACAAGACCUACAGGAAAUGGAGCUCGGAAGGUCGAGGGGGCCGACGGGGCCAUGAUGCCCCCAUGAUUGCCUACGACGCUCUCUUAGGAGCCAGGAACAACUGGACGGAGCUCUGCCAUCGGGCCAUGUUUCACGGAGGUGAGAGUGGGGCCACAGGGACCAUCGCGGGCUGCCUGUUCGGAUUGCUCUAUGGCCUGGAUGCUGUUCCCAAGGGCCUGUACCAGGAGCUGGAGAACAAGGAGGAGCUGCUGCACCUGGGUGAAGCUCUUCACCGCCUGUCCACAGAGGAGAACCCCAAGAGGGCCAGGGUUUGCAACGAUAAGCCACCCGUUGAUGCCCAAGCUCUGAAAAAGAAGGUCAGCAAGGUGACCUGCAACCCAGCGGUCCGAGCCAUCCUCAGCAGCCUGCUGCUCUACAUCACCAACCAUACAGACGGGCCCCAGGGACUGCCGCCCACUAACAGGGCAGAGGGUAGGGACAGCCCGGUGAGCCGAAAGCCUGAGCCCCAAGAUGCCAACCGGAGGCCCACACGUUUCCAGCUCCUGCAGGCCAAGUUCAUGGGCACCGGCCGGGAGCCCUGCCUCAAGAAGACCCGGGAGGUGGGAAGGCUGAUCUUCAAGGACAAACAAGGCCCAGGCAAGAGCUUGGUAACUGCCACCAUCAACAAGCUCAUGGAGAAGACCAGGGAAGGGGCCAGCGGCCCGGCACGGGGCCAGGAGCCCCCCUGUGGUGACAAACCCCGGUGGGGCCUGCCCACCGGAAAAAACACUGUGAAGAAUAUUCUGAAGAAGUUCUUGGCCGCCGAGGAGAAGGAGGCUGAGGAGAAGAGGCUUCGUGAGAAGCCUCCUGCCGAGCGACCCAAAACUGCCAGGGGCCUUCUGCCAAAGAUCGUGGGCAAGAAGAGCUCGGUCCUAUCCAAACUGCGGGAGAAGUUUGAACAGAGCGGCUGUCUUUGCUCCGAGGCCAGCGUGCUCCUGGUCCACACAGAAGAGCGGAAGAAGAAGAACCUGCAGAGGAAGAAGAUGCACCGGUCUGAGGCCCGACUGCUCUGCACGGCCACCCUGGCCAGCACCUGCAUCAGGAUGCCCCCGGCCCACUUUCUGGCCUGCUCGGCGGAGCCCAUGCUGCCCUUCAGCAUCGCCACCAUCGUCUGCGGCCCCAGGAGCUGGCUGUCCCACUGCGCCAAGAUCAGACACUCGGACCUGAGGCGCAUGCCCCCGAAAGAAACAGGCAGGCCCCCCAAUGCGGGGGAGAUGGUGCCUGGUGGGAACAAAACACCAGGAAAGGAACUGCUUCAGGGGGGGCCUGCGCAGCCCCUGAUACUGCAGGCUGUGCCUCCCAGCCUGAAAACAGUGUCCCCCCAUGCGGGGCCUGAGUACAUCCCGGAGCCAGCCAUCUUGCCUGCCUCCCAAAGGGGUGACACCCUUCCUGGCCUGGAACCCAAGUUAUCCUCACUCGGCCCAGCCAACCCAGGGCACCCUGCAGUGUCAGGAGGUGACAGGGUGGGGGACUCCCCGGCAGGGAGCACCACAGGUGAUCCCCAGGGGGCAAAGGAGGCAAGAGCAGGGCCCCAUCCUGCACCCACAGGUGAGGGAGCAGAGAAGGCCCCUCAAGUAGACCUGAUGGUUUGCAGUUCAGAGGACGAAAUGGAAAGAGUGAUUUCAGACUCAGAGCAAGACCCUCUCUUUGCUGUCCAGGAGAAUUUCCCAGAACAGAAAGUUCCAGAACACAUCCCACCGCUCAGCAUGCCCGUAGCCCAGGCUGCCCGGCGCACACAGUUGGCCUUCGAGCCUCCGCAGGUAACCGUCAAACUCCCAGCUGUCCACCAAAUGCCACUCCUUCCUGUCACGCCACAAAAAGCAUCAGAUCGUGAAGGCCCACGAUCUCGCGUGCUAGGAGGAGAAAGUGUGUUUGAAAGCGCAGAAGUGCUCUUUCCCACUACGACAGAGACUAAAAACACCAACACGCCCAUGACAGGAGUCAGCACGUCUGCAGGGGUGCGUGGGGGACUCAGCACCCCUUCUCAGCAGGACUCCCAGGCAGACCUAAGUCUCACACCUCCAGGGGGUGCUGCCAACGUUGGUCGUGACAUCCCAGAGGCAGCCCCAAUGCUGAGACUACAGGCCAGCCCCACUGGAGGAAAGAAAGACCGAGGCAGCUUUGGGAAUUCAAACAAACUCAAGAAUCACCAGAACAUUUCGGGAGAGGAUGUUCCUGAGCUCCGUUAUGAGAAGCAUCACCUGCCAGAAGCAGAGGAAAUGCCCAUCUGUGAUGAGGGCACCCCAUCCCUUCAUCCCACGGUUUUAGAAAAUCGCCUUAGAGGAAACAGCCGCUGUGCCCCUGGCACUCACCAAGGGCCACCUCCCAAAGAGGGAGACUCAGCAGACAUCCCAGCACUGCUGGCGGCACCGACCAAGGACUGGACAAAGUCUGAGCAUGUGACCGCAGCGGAUAAGACCGUCCUGCAUGAGCAAGAACAAUGCGGGCGGCCACCGCUAACUGAGUCCACCCAGCCCCUACUGGUGGCUGAUGGGAGCUCCAGCCAUGAUCUUCGGGAGAACAGACCGGCCUCCUUAAACGAUGGCCCCAAGCCAAGAAUCAAAGCCGCCGGGAGGGGGAUGGCUACAGAGGUCACUAAGAGUCACACAGCACCAGCACCAGGUACUGCUGUGAACCCUGAAAACAGUGCCGCUGAAAAGUGGGGCACUUUGCACAAGGGAGAAUUCAGCUCCUCACCAAUAGGACACAGUCUUGUAGCAGAGGAUCUUGGUCAUGAACCCACCAGCUCCCUCUCCUUGUCACCAGAUGGGAUCCUGAAGCAUCCCAGCAGCAGAGCCACCGAGGGCCACGUCUGCAAAGACUUAGGGCAGCACCUGCCUGUGACCUCAGAGUCAAUGACCACUCUCCUACAGGAGGCCGCUGGCCCCCCACUCAUACCUGAUGAACCCGGUGUGGGGCUUUCGCAUAAACUGGCAGCAAGCAAAGGGAACGCCACGGUAGGAGGCAGAAGUACUGCACCUGUGAAAGCAGGUCCUCAGGGGAAUAGCACAAAGUCCCCAGUUCCAACCUCAAAUCACCCCACGCCACAGGGAGGCGGUGUAGAGAGGGCUCCCUGCCACAAUGAGGAGAAGCUGCCAUCGUCUUCUGGGAAGCAACAGGCUAAGGAUGAGAAGCAGAUCAUGUCUGAAAAGCUGCUUCCUGUCGGUGCUGGGGUUCCCCAUCAGCAUCCCUCUGUGCCAUCAACAGUGGAGCAGCAGGUGAUCGAGGCACCCCAAAGGUGUCCUGACUUGCUGCCUGCAUCCCCCACACAGGCAGGUGUCCUGGAGGAAACAGAGGUCAGGGAGAGGCUGGGGCCACGGGCAGGUCUGGGGGGUGUAGAGGAGGGGGUCUCAGGCACUGUGGGGCCAAAGGGUCCUGGGCAGAAGGGAGUGACUACUUCAGACCCAGAGAAAAUCAAGCUUGAGGAGAGGCCAGGGCCACGGGCAGGCCUGGGGGGUGCAGAGGAGGGGGUCUCAGGCACUGUGGGGCCGAAGGGUCCUGGGCAGAAGGAAGUGACUCCUUCAGACGCAGAGAAAAUCAAGCUUGAGGAGAGGCCAGGGCCACAGGCAGGCAUGGGGGGUAGAGAGGAGGGGGUCUCAGGCACUGUGGGGCCCAAGGGAGUGACUCCUUCAGACCCAGAGAAAAUCAAGCUUGAGGAGAGGCCAGGGCCACGGGCAGGCCUGGGGAGUGCAGAGGAGGGGGUCUCAGGCACUGUGGGGCUGAAGGGUCCUGGGCAGAAGGGAGUGACUCCUUCAGACCCAGAGAAAACCAAGCUUGAGGAGAGGCCAGGGCCACGGGCAGGCCUGGGGGGUGCAGAGGAGGGGGUCUCAGGCACUGUGGGGCCAAAGGGUCCUGGGCAGAAGGAAGUGACUCCUUCAGACCCAGAGAAAAUCAAGCUUGGGGAGAGGCCAGGGCCACAGGCGGGCCUGGGGGGUGCAGAGGAGGUGGUCUCAGGCACUGUGGGGCUGAAAGGUCCUGGGCAGAAGGAAGUGACUCCUUCAGACGCAGAGAAAAUCAAGCUUGAGGAGAGGCCAGGGCCACAGGCAGGCAUGGGGGGUGCAGAGGAGGGGGUCUCAGGCACUGUGGGGCCCAAGGGAGUGACUCCUUCAGACCCAGAGAAAAUCAAGCUUGAGGAGAGGCCAGGGCCACGGGCAGGCCUGGGGGGUGCAGAGGAGGGGGUCUCAGGCACUGUGGGGACGAAGGGUCCUGGGCAGAAGGGAGUGACUCCUUCAGACCCAGAGAAAAUCAAGCUUGGGGAGAGGCCAGGGCCACAGGCGGGCCUGGGGGGUGCAGAGGAGGGGGUCUCAGGCACUGUGGGGUGGAAGGGAGUGGCUCCUUCAGACCCAGAGAAAACCAAGCUUGAGGAGAGGCCAGGGCCACGGGCAGGCCUGAGGGGUGCAGAGGAGGGGGUCUCAGGCACUGUGGGGCUGAAGGGUCCUGGAUGGAAGGAAGCACCCUCUUCAAGCCAGAAGACCUCACUGUGUGGCUCUGAGGGGGCUCAGACACAGCCCAGGGAUGACAUCAUGGGGAGUACCACUGUGACCGUGACCACCGAAGUGGAAGCUCCCUGCCGACACACUGAGAAAGGUCCAGAACACCCCCCAGGGCAGCGGGUGUGGACUGCAGGGAAGCCCUCGGAGCAACACUGUGUCAGCCACGCUGAAGACAGCCAAGCACCUUCCCACCCAGAGAGGCUGGGGUGCCUGGCAGGAGCCCAGGCCAGAAGGACGGCACCCCACAGCUCAGUGAAGCCCACAGGCACCUCCCCAGCAGCGGCAAGUGGGCAGUCUCAGAGGCCAGCCCCCAGGGGUGUCCAGGGGACACCUGAAGUGCCACCGAAGGAGGGAGCACACCAUCGUGAGGCAGCCCAGAGCCAGACACCCUCCUGCCCUGACCCAGGACAAGGUUCUGCAGCGCCCACACCUGAGCCUGGGUGCUGCCAGGCUCCCAGUGCCUCCGCCCAGACAGGGCCCGCAGACACCUCUGGGGCAGGAAGAGGCACACUGGGCCUCGAACAUCAGAGAAAGUCAGCACACCUUGCAAAGUACAAAGCCCAAAGCUUCAAAGACCAGAAGUCCUUUGAUUUGUCCUUUAGGACAAAAAUUGUCAGGACAAACGACGCAGACAAGCUUCCAAAGUGAAGCCCCGCAGCUUCCGAACCACCGGCACGUCUGACCCCUCAGUCUCCGCUCAGGUUGUGGAUGGGUUUCCCACCUCCCCAGGGGCACAGCUUCAACCGGGCCCCCUGUUUGGUGCCGUCCUUUCACUCCUGCAGUCACUGACCCCAGGAGGGUCGAAGUCCCGUACCUAAGGCCCCUCUGGCCCACGCAUGUUGUGGAGCUCUGCACCAUUUCCCUAGUGCAGGUGGGGCUUCUCCUCGGGAGCUCUGAACAGUGGGAACGAGGAGUGUGCCAGGCACACCCGGCCUUUGUCUCCUAUGGAUCCGUUCCUUAUUUUAUUUGAGGCAUCAGUGCUUGGAGUUCCUUCGAGCACAGCUUCUACCUUUUCACAGAACAGCGUUGUCUUUAGCACUCAAAGGUUUGGUGCUGAACUCCGUGUGUGUCUAUCCUGUCUCCUCCCAGAGGACUCCGCCAGCUUCUGUCUUUGCGGGCACCUCUCUCCUUGUGGGUCAUCAGCAGGCCUGCCUGUGGCCGGCCUCGGCCUGCAGGCCCUGCCUCAUGCAGACACAGCCAGCGCGGCCCCCUCCACGUGACUCAGGCAGGUGAGCUACCCACAGUGUGCCUGGAGUCAGGGCCCCUGACACAGAUGCAGACACCCAACCCCAAUCGUCCCGACACAUUCUGGAGUGAGGGCUAAGUCUGCCGCAUGGACUCCCAGGAGGGUGGCCUCGGUCCCUGAUUUCUACUUGACCUUGAUGAUGGUUAGGAAGAUGGAGUUAGGACUUUGGGACCCGGGCUCUGGCACGUCCUGUCCCUGCUUAGGAAGGCCUGUGUCCAGGGCCAUCUGGGCUGGAGCAGAACAGACCACGGAAAUGCCUGAGUCAAUUACGGAAAAGGUGAGGAGAGAUCAAAAGGUCUUUGAGCGCUGUGUUUCCAGGUGCGCAAGGCUGAGGAAGCUUUUGUUGAGAAACAGGUGUGGUGAGGAAAAUAAAGUGUCGCGCAGUCUGUGUCUUUCACGGUCCUCACAGUAGCCUCCACGGGGUCUCGGAGUCCUGUUGAGACACCACAGGUCAUGACUGAGACGCUUUCUUGUCCCGCUGCUACUCCCCUGAAGAGCACACAAGCGUUUUCUGCCACUGCCUGGGACGUUACAUUAUUCUAAUGUACUUUUAGUCACUAAGAUGACGCCUUUUUGAUCUAGAAUAUUUGCAUGUUCUAUAACAGUAUCAGGAAGGAAAUAAAAAUCACUGAUAAUCACAUUACCUCAAGAUAAGUUUUGUUACUACCUGGGACUGUUUUCUCUCCAAACACUCCCCUCAGCUAUUGUUUCUACAGCACAGACACCCUUAGAGUCACAUCUGGUGUACAGUUUUAAGAUCUGUGUUACGGAGCAUGCCCUCGCGGGGGCUGUGAAGUGGUCUUUGAAAACCUAAGGCGUGUGCGUCUCAGUUGCUCUGUGGCCAUACUGGGGCUUCGGGUUUUUGGAAGAAGCUGAUGUGACUCCCCACUGCCCAGCACACUCUGUUCUUGAUGAUAUGCUCUUGCAGAAGACGGAUUUCUGUUUUUUGAAGAUUUCUUGAUGUUGGCUACCUUUUCAGCUGAGAAAACCUCUAUUCAUCUGGGAAUAGCUUCCUUGACGUGAGCUGUAAUCGCCUUUAUUUUCUGACUUGGACUCUCAUUUAGAGGAGGGUUUGUCUUUUUGUUUUAAAUUAAGCUUUGAUUGGGUGCUUGGUAAGAGCUGCAUUUGCCAGUUUUCGCCUACCCAUGGGGAGGUCCAGGCCACCGCCGUGUCCUCUCAGGACAGGUCAGCGUGCGGCGGCCAAAGCAGCACUGAGCUUCAAGCUGGGAGGAACAGGCAGCACGAGGCCCAUACACGCUGGCCAUGCUGUGCCCAGGGGUGGGGCUCGUUACCUGACAACCUCUCUCCAAUCAGGCAAUUCAUUUUAAAUCUGACAGACUGGAAGCUUCUCAGCUACAGUGUCAGGUGAGCCUGAGUGCCCCACGGGAGCUCCCAGAAUGGGCUGAUCCUGGACUGAGGCGCUGGGUCUCCCUCAGUCACCCCUCAGAGGGCAUCUUGGGGUGCUCCUGUGUGAGGUAGCGGCAGUUCUCCCGUGAGGCGUCUGCCUGGUUUGCUAGUUGUCAGCAGGGGUCGGUGUGAGGGACAGUUACCUGCAUGGACCGCGCUGCCGCAUGCCCAGUGUCUGGACUCCUGGAUGAGGACCCUGGCUUCCGGGUGGGGAAGCAUGGGGGAGGUGCCUCCCUCGCCGCCUUUUGUAUCUUACUUGGCGUUGAGGGCUGGCAAAGGACAGGCCCAAGGCCACUGGCUCUAGUGUCAUUCCACCUCCCCUGGGAGUUGGGGUACCCAUCCCCUCAGAGGCAGAGGCCUGGAGGGCCAAGGUGUCCCUAUCCCCAGGGGAAGGCCACGUCUAGACUUGGGAUUGGCUUCUCAGGGCUGCAAACCCCAGGAGGCUCAUGAGACAAAUACUCAGGGUCCCAGCAAAGGGCCACAGAUGGCAGGGCCAUUUUCGUUCCCACCGCCCACACCUGCUCACACCCAGGAGUGUCUUUGCAGGGGCUGGGAAGGUGAGUUCCUGUUACGGCACCUGGCAAGGCACCACCUUGUUUAUUUAUUUAUUUAUUUAUUUAUUUAUUUUAUACGCACUUGGUUUCACAAAGGAUUUGAAGCAAUGUUUGGCAAAGAACUUGAUGGCCAACAGAAGGGAUAAAAAUAUUAUAUUUACUGGGUGUUCCUUUUUUAAAAUAAGAAGCAGUAGGUUUUCGUUGCUAUUUUUAAAUAGACCAGAAGGUCCACUGGAGAACUCACUGAGCGGUAUUAUUUUAAGUGGUGGAAAAAACGAUCAGAAUCUCCUCCAGACGGCAGCCUCAGAGAAGCCGCACACAGAGUGCCGGCCGACACCCGGCAGGGGCAGGGCUGGUGGGCCCCCCGGCCAGCAGGCCACCUGCUCCGCCCAGGGGCCUUGCUCCGGUUUCACUAACUAUGGCUGCAGGUUACACUGCCCUCCGUGCCAACACCGAGCGACUCUGUAAAGGAGAACGGAGAGUGAUUUUUCGUGAGAACAGUGGUCUGUGCAUUCGAGAUGCACUUGAUACAGGAGUCUACACUGCAGACAUAACAGCCAUUUCUUUAAAAGAAAGACCCAUGAGGCCUCCUGAGGUGAAAUAAUUAUUACAGCAGGGUUACUUUAUUUAAAUAAAGCCCACAGUAACCAUUUGUGAGCUUUUUAGUUGACAUACUUGAUUCUGCUUAUCUGAGUAGCUUAUCGACUUACAUCUGACUUCAGAGUUUUACAGCUCCUUGCACUGUUUACAGACUCUAUGUGAGCCAAGCCUUUGGUAUGUGCCCUGCAGGGAAGGGGUGGCUCACAGAUGAAACACCUAUGAUGAAGAAUCAGCCGUGACUGGUGUGGCUCAGUUGGUUGGGCGUCACACUGCAAAGCGAAGGGUCACGGGUUUGAUUCCCAGUCAGGGCACGAGCCUGGGUUGUGGAUUUGGUCCCUGGGCAGGGCGUAUACUCCGAAGUUUCUCUUUCUCUCUCCCUCCCCCUCCCUCUUGAAAUAAAUGAAUAAAAUCUUUACAAAAAAAAGAAAAAAAGAAUAAGGGUGAGCACACUUGUAUUUCAGAUGCUCCAUCAGGAACAUCACUGUUUAGAAUUUUACAAAUUCAGCACCACAUCCUUUUUUAACGAGGGCAUCUUUGCUGUCUGAGUUAUGAUUUUUUAAUAACUGAAUUACAUAUUGACCUGAAUUAUAUAUUGCUCAAUGUUCCUUGUUUUAUAAUCCUUUGUAUACAAACUCUAAGGUGAC